AGCAGCAAAAGUGUUUUGCAAUUCAAUAUGAACCCAAUAAGUACAUUGUACUUAUUUUUGAUGUAAGUACAGAGUAGUUAAGGCCACUUAAUAUAAAAAGUGGCACCAUGCUUUCUAAUUCGGGUGUUACUGGUAGGUUUCCGUGGGAAAUUCGAGCAUGCAGCCAUUCGUCUUUGCGUCAUUACGUCACAUCUGUUUACAUAAAGGAGGAGUCCCAGCUAGUAUAUGGCAUGUGGGGGAUGCUGCAGGUGGCGGGUCAUUUAUAGCCUUUAAUCACAACAGCUGCAAUAAUUAAACUUAUCAUUUUGAUGGCGGAUUGACUGUAUCAUUUUGAUGGCGGACUGUAAUCCAGAAAGGUCCAAAUGACAAUCAUCAGAGACAACUGGAGAUUCAAAAGCAAAAGACUUCGUGGCUACAGAAAUUUAAAUCUACAGGUAACGCUAAUACACACUAAAUACACAGUCACGCAAUGCUAAUGUUGUUACAAUUAACAUUUUCAGAACAUAUAAGUAUAACAAUAUUAAUAAUUUGCAUGGUUUGACGUGAUCCGAGCUAAGCGAUCGUUAGAUUUAAUCACCAUUGGCGGCGUGAUUUAUUGUUAUGCUUUUUUUCUCAGUUGGUCAGAACAAAAAUUCAUGCCAUGCCGAUCCACAACCCACGUAUGAUAAUUCCGCAAAAAAUAACUGCAAUUGCAGAUUUCAAACAGAGAUUGCAACAAAGAGGCAAAACUUAAGGACUGCAGCUUUAAAUAAGAAUACUGAGAAGCUGCAUAAUAUCUGUAAAGUGUGAUGGUAAGUCUGGUUUAUUUCCAUGAAUAGGUUCUUUCAAACAGUUUGUUUAAAAGAAAUGUUUUGAUUAACCAAACCCAAAUCAAGUUGUUUUAAUGAAAGAACUGCUCUGGGCUACAUUUCUUAAAAGCAUUGUAAACCUAAGGAGAUUGUAAAGACCAUUGGUGUCAUCUACUUAGGCUUACAAUACUUUUGGGAAAUGCAGCCCUGAACAGUUCAGGUUGGUUUAUGAUUGAAUUGUUCAGAUUGAUUUUGUAAAACAGUUGAACCAAUUAAUUGAAAAGAUCUGACUUUAUUAAAGAAUUUAUUCAUGAAUUAAACAUUGCUGGUGUAAAGACAAACAUUGCUUUUAUGGAGCUUUUUGGGCAUGGCCUAACAUCUGGAGAUCUGAAAGUGCAUGUGUGCUUUGUGUUAGAAUGUGUGAGAUUUUAUGGUCCCAAAUACUUCAGAACAGAAAUCAUGAAUCCUCUUUUAUUCCAGACAAUAGCAUCCUUUCAAUAGGACUCCAUUUUCAAUUGUGCAAUGGGACUUUAAUCAGUAUCCUACCCAAAUCAAAGUCCUCCUAUAUCCCACUUUCCUCUUCUCCAUCUUGAAAUGUCUACAACAGGAUCCAGAUGUUGAAACAGAUGUCGCCUGGUUACACACUGCCCUUUCAUUCAUUGUGAAGCUAUGCACAACUCAAGGAGAGAGAUACCUACUGGGAAAUGAAAGAAAGUGGGAGAAACUGCAGAGUGGACUCAAACUUGAGAGGAAAGCAGGCGGACCAAGAGAUUGACUUCAUCCCCAAAACCAGAAACACACACUUUGCUUCCACCUGCGCAAACCAAAAUCAGCUCUAUGACUGAGAUGAGCAGGUUAAACCUAACCAUGGAGUGGCUCAUGGUUGCAUUUGUGGCCCUAAUUUUGGCCAGCCAAGUCCGCUCUGAUGAAGUUCCCUAUGAGCACAUGAUCUCUCAGCUCCAGGCAUGUCCUAAAGAAUGCCACUGCCCUCCAAGCUUCCCUAAUGCUGUUUACUGUGACAACAAGGGUCUAAAACGCAUACCUGCCAUCCCUCCUUAUACCUGGUACUUGUACCUCCAGAACAAUCUCAUUGAUGUCCUCUCAACUGAUGCUCUGCGCAAUGCCACACAGCUUAGGUGGAUCAACCUCAACCGCAACAAAAUCACAAACGAAGGCUUGGAGGCUGACGCUCUUAAGGCUAUGUCUAACCUUGUACACCUCUACAUGGAAGACAACUUGCUGACUUCCAUUCCAUCUCCUCUGCCUGCCAAAUUAGAGCAGUUACGGCUGUCCCGAAACAGAAUCUCAAAGAUCCCAGCCAGUGUCUUCUCUGGAAUGGACCAUCUCACCUUACUGGAUCUGCAAGGUAACAAGCUACAGGAUGAUGCAGUGACUGAGGUCAGUCUGAAAGGGCUCAACAGCUUGAUCCAGAUCAAUUUAGCAAAGAAUCAGCUAAACAGCAUGCCCCUCGGCCUACCACCCACAACCACACAGAUCUUUUUGGAUGGCAACAACAUUGAAAAGAUUCCGGCUGAGUACUUCAAGGGUCUUCCGAAAGUGGUGUCUCUCAGGCUCAACCGCAAUAAGCUGGCUAAUGGAGGUAUCCCAAAAAACGUGUUUAACCUUUCCAGCAUCCUUGAUCUACAGCUUUCUCACAACCAGCUCACAGAGGUGCCCGUUAUCUCUUCUGGCCUGGAGCACCUGCAUCUGGAUCACAAUAAGAUCAAGAGUGUGAAUAGCUCUGACAUCUGUCCAUCUGGUGCACUUGACGAUUACCUUGAUGAGAACGGUCCACGUCUCCGUUACCUUCGCCUUGAUGGUAAUGAGAUCAAACCCCCUAUUCCACGAGAGCUGAUGAUGUGUUUCCGUCUCCUUAGAGCUAUUGUCAUAUGAAGGUGCCACACCAUCUAGAUACUCCUGUCCAUUUCAUCCACCAGAACUGAAAAUGUAUGUAAACUAAAACACUUGAAAAGGGUCAAAUAAAGGGCUAUCUUUUUGGUUAGUAAAGUUAGAAAAUUGAAAAUCAUACACUGCUGAAAAGACCAGCCAAGACUGGAAUGAAUUUCCAUGUUGGUCCAGAUUGACUUAUGCUGGUUUGUACUGAACUAGAGUUGGUCUAUCUAGUAGGCCAGUGAAACUAAGCUGAUAAAGCUGUUUAACUAGCGUCUUUCUGGUGGAACUUUGCCAAGAAAGCACAUCUAGUUAAACUAGUGAAGAAGCUGAGUGGGGAUACCAGUAUCCAAAAUAUGACAUAUUUUGGCUUCCUGUCCUGGUCUUUUCAGCAGGGUUGAGAUCCAUAGGACUGGUUCAUAUGUGCAUUUGUAGAUGGUUUCUCAUGGCUGUAUUGUAAAACCACUGUGCCUUCCUUAAUUUCAUAUGGGAAACUAUCAGUCCUGCAGAAACACCAUUAUCUGUUAAAAGUUCUGUAUCAUAUAGAAAGCUCCAAAAUACAAUUGUCUUCAUUUGCAAGUAAUGUCAUUUCCCCAUCCUGUGCAGAAGUUAAGAUCUUAGUAAGACAGUUUUACCUCACCACACAAUUCUGGGGUGUUUUUGGACAGAAGAGUUGUGGUUUGAUUUUGGAGCCAAAUUUUCUGGUAGUGAACUUAGUAUAUAGCAAUGGUUUAAUGGACUUUAUUCAAUGCAUGGUAACUCUCAGUAACAGCACCAACAGAAGUUUGAAAUUUGAGAGACACAAUUGUUUAUUUCCUCUGUUGUAGCGAAUGACAUGUACUGACGUGUAUUAUUUUUUUUAAGUAAGUUUACUUCUACUUUUUUAAUAUUUCUUUACAUCUUUGUACAAUCCAUAUUUCAAUAUUCAUUCAAUAUUUAGUGUUAAAUAUAAAUUUUAUAGAUUAAGCACUUCAGAUUUAUCUACUGUCAUUAAUUGUACUGUGACAUACUGAUAAUUAAUAUAUAAAUACAGUUUAAAUUUAGCAGUUGACAAUGGUACUACAAGAGAACCUUCUGAAUCAUUUUAAGACUUAUUUUCCUCUAGGGUAUAAAAUAAUGUGAAUAUUCUUUUACAAUGCACAAAUGUGAUCAUUAUUUUUCAUGUUUUCAUUUAUCACUGCAACAUUCUUUGCAGAAAAAUGACAGGAAUUAAUAUCACUAACUGUGAGAACCAUUAAGAUUGUCAAAAGGGAUAAUAUGAGACAACUUUUGUUUGAUGUCCUGAUUAAACUGGUUUCAAUGGUC